AUGAUACCAAAGGCCCGACCAUAUGCUUCCGAGCACCUCUACCAACCGUCGACAGUUGUUAUGCCGACGGCAGUCAAUGCGCUUUCAUCGAACCUAGAUUCACAUCGCAAUCACAUCGGUGGUAUAUCACCCAUCGGUGGAAAUCGAAGUGCCUCAGGUGGCAGCACUGGCACAACCUUGUCCGGUACUUCUGCUUCGACAGCGUCACCGUCACGAGGUUCUUCAUGUGGUGGUGGUGAUCAACAAUUGACUAGUUCUGAAUUGGCACGGAUUCGUCGUACGGGAAAUUAUGGAUGUGCAAAACCACCAUAUUCGUACAUUUCCCUCAUUACAAUGGCUAUUCAACAUUCAGCCAAUCACAAAAUGACGCUAUCGGAAAUCUAUAAUUGGAUUAUGGAUUUAUUCCCAUACUACAGGCAGAACCAGCAAAGAUGGCAAAAUUCGAUUCGACAUUCGCUAUCCUUCAACGAUUGCUUUGUAAAAAUUGCCAGGACCCCAGACAAACCAGGAAAAGGCUCUUUCUGGACGUUGCAUGAAUUGUGUGGUAAUAUGUUCGAAAAUGGUUGCUACCUUCGACGACAGAAGCGAUUCAAGGUCAAGGAACGUGACCCUCCAAGAAAGAAGAGAAAUAACAACCAAAACAACCAAAAUCACCAAACCCAAGUGAAUAACAACGCUGCCAUCAAAGAAGAAAUGGAAGACACCUAUAAGAGCGAAGAAGCGAAGAUGGAUCUCAACACAAUCUCCAACGUCUCUCAGGAGAUCAAAGAUCAACUAGGCCAGCAGCAACAGCAACAACAGCAACAACAACAGCAACAACAACAGCAACAGCAGCAAGCGUUGCAACCCAUUUCCCUCUCGACUCCAUCUUCCCUAAGUCAACCGACGUCAGUGAUAUCCACUGUUGGUACGACUCCACUCGGAUCCCAAGCCACUGCGGCCAGCAAAAGUCUCGGAUGCUUGAACAAUGUAAAUCCUUACUAUCAACUGUAUAGCACGGAUUUCUCAGCGGCUGGUGGUCUUCCGGGACUUACCGUACCCUCGGCGUUUUCGAUCAAUAAAUUGAUGGAUAGUACGAAUGGUUUCGAUUAUAAUUAUUACCAGACGUCUGCUAAUGAUUAUGGUGGUUAUUCACACACCUUAUACAGUUCAACAAAUCCGAGCACAGCAUCAAAUCUAUGA